CCCCCUCCUCCCUCUUUCUCUCCUCCUUACUCACAUUAUUUCCCUCAGUCUGGCUCACUGGUCCUCGGCAGCCACUGAGUGAAGUCCUGUUUUCUUUUCAUUAUCAGAAAGUUUGCUGCCAACACUGAGGGACACCUCCAGUUGGUUGUAAAGUGGUCCAGCUGAAGUUAUCCAUCUUGCUCAUCUGACAUCUUCUUGUGGAGAUCCGUCUUCCACUCAUCUUCCCCUUGUUAAGGAGCACAGCAGAGUUUGGUGGAGGUUGAUAAGCGAAGAUGUCUCUCCCGUUGGCCGUGGUGAUAUGUCUGUCAGUGAUCCAGCUGGGUAUGGGAGAUCAGCCUGUGGAGGAAGUCGUCACAACAAAAAAAGUGCCUCUUCUGGGUGACUGGAGUGAAAGGAGUCCAGAUUCAGCUGAGAUCCAGGAGGCAGCCCAACAUGCUGUGACGAUCUUCAACGCAAACACCAAGAGCAAGAAGAUGUUCAAACUGGUCUCCGUCGUCUCCGCUCAUUCACAGGUGACCAAUGUAAUCAACUUUAAGAUUGAUGCGAUCCUGGGAAAAACCAAGUGUCAGAGGUCUGAGAACCCCGACCUGAACAGCUGCAGUCUUGAGAAAAAGCGCUUGAAGUGCCACUUUGUGAUGACUUUCGACCCCCGCAACAACAAACACGAGAUGCACAAACACAAGUGCAAGAAAAUUACGGAAACGGCCUAACUUUUUAAUAGGCCUAACUUUUUUAUAGAUUGGCUCUAUAGCUUUGACUACCUUAUUACAUUUUGAUAUGUUUUUUCUCUGAAUAAAUGUUUUGCAGCUGAUUUUAAAUGCUGGAUGUGUACUUUUGGAGAGCAUGAACAACUUGCAACAUUGACACAUCACAAUCUCAAUAAAAUUUGUCCGAAAAGGACUGACUUUUGUUACCAUAA